CAGCGCUGCAGUCGUGCUCCAGGUCAGACGGCGAGCGGAGCUGCGGCCGUCCGACCUCCGCGCUACUCUGAGCCCCGCCCGCCGACCGCCGGGACGCCAAACAGGCUCACCCGCCGGCCAAGGACAGUGGUCUCUGCCGCCGACCGACCGUCGGACUGCACUCCCAGAGGUCGCCCUGCCCUAUCACCCAGGCUGACACCAGCUCGAGCGCCGAGAGAUCGCCGUAUCAUUGGUCAGCGCGGGCACCGCCGACUUUCAGGCCGCGGAUAUGGCUGACCCGGCCAGGGAGCCGGAGCCGGAGCCGGAGCCGGAGGAGCGGCUCCCGUUCCCCUGGGACCCCGUGCCGCUGGCCGGGGAGCGGCUCGCCAGGAUGGCCGGCGCCUUCCCCGACUACCGAGAGGAGGGGCUCGCCGGCUUCGGACCCUCCGGCUACGUGGCCAUGCCCGACUCGAAACCCUUCUUCGAGGAGUACUACAACACGCCCGUGCACCCUGGCGACAUCUGGGUGGUGACGCUGCCAAAGUGCGGCACCACCUGGACCCAGGAGCUAGUCUGGCUGCUGCAGAACGACUGCGACUUCGAGGGCGCCAAGUCGAUGCUGAUGCCGGAUCGCUACCACUUCCUGGAGAUCACGGGCGUGACGGCGCGCUCCGUCCGCGAAAAGAUCAGGGACGGCGAGGACCCGCUCUCGCGGCGCAUCUUCUUCGACCCGAUCGAGUCCCGGCCGCGGCCGUGGUUCGUCAAAACCCAUCUGCCGCUGCACAUGUGCCCGCCCAAACUCCUCGACACCGCCAAGGUGGUGUACAUUGUCCGCAACCCGAAGGACGUCUGCAUCUCCUACUACCACCACUUGCACCUGUACAACGAGGCGGCCGCCGACCUCACCCUGGAGACGUUCGUCGACCUCUUCAUCGACGGACUGGUCACCCAGCUGCCCUUCUUCCCGCACGUGCUGGAGGCCUGGCGGCAGCGCCACCACCCCAACAUGCUGUUCCUCUUCUUCGAGGACCUCAAGAAGGACCUGCGCGGCAACAUCGCCAGGGUGGCGGAGUUCCUCGGCAAGACGCCGACUGACGAGCAGCUGGACAAGCUGGCCGAGCACCUGCACUUCAGCAACCUCAAGAACAACCCGUGGGUGAACUGGGAGUGGAUCGCCAAGUCGGCCUGGUCCACCGGAGACCCCAACAAAAAGUUCAUGCGCAAGGGCAAGACGGGCGACUGGAAGAACCACUUCACGCCUGAGAUGGACCGUAAGAUGACCGGGUGGAUGGAGCGCGAGCUCGAGGGCACCGGGCUCUCGUUCGUGCUCGACAUACCCGAGGAGCAGCAAUAGGCGGCGGCUAGGGCCCCGCAGGGAUAGUUGCUGCGCUGGAGAGGGAGGGGGAGCCGGGAGGCCGUGUGGUGAGGCACGGUAACUGGUAAGUCGCUGUCGGUCCUCUGCCAUUUAUACUGAUAUUGUUGUCCUUCCUCUGUCAAUCCAGUGCGACCCUGGGCCCUGUAUUACUGUGUCGCGCCCUUGUUCUACCUUGUCUUCGGUAAGUUGUUCAGUACUACCCUGGCUUGGUGUCGUGUAUUGUCCUUUAUACGGGCCUCUAGCGGAUGUUUUUAUUGGCUAUGCUGUGUAUGACUACAUUUUAAUGGCGAAUGAUUGAAGGCCUCCUCUCCCAAAACUGCAUGCGUCUGAAUCUUAUUUGUACGUCGUCUUUUACCACGAACAAACAAUGAGCAUAAUUGCUUCGAUUGCUUCUUGAUUUGAUAAUUGUAAGCCUGUUUCUUGUGCCAAAUACGAUUUACACUAUAGAUAACUUGGCCGAUUUGUGGGAAAUGUGUCAGCAGUGGUCGUAUCAUUCCAAAUAGACGAUAGAAUUAAUGCGUACA